CCUGCCAUACAGCUCGGGCUGUGACAAGCAACCUGGCUGGCCCCUCCCACACACGGACUCUGAGCCGAGAGACAGCAGCCUGGGUGAAUUCUGUUGCUCGUGGUGUUGGUGGCGUCUCUUUCUCUCUGUCUCUCUCACAAGACUGGGGACAUCUGUGUCACAUGGAGUGCAGCCCCGUGAGCUGAUUCCGGAUUCCAGUUGCUCAACAGUUGAAUUCCUGUAAAGAAAAUGGAUGUAAGGAUAAGAGAUGCAGAGAAUCUAGUUGAUGAUUGUUCAGCUAAAAAGAAGUCAAAGUUCAAAUCUUUUAAAAAGUUUUUUGGAAAAAAGAAGAGGAAGGAGACUUUGUCUUCCACCGGAAAGUUUAGUUUGAAGCAGAGCCAGUCCACCAGUGAUGUUACAUAUCCAGAAUUUGCACUUGCAGAUGUUGAGUCCGAGGAUGAAAUUGGGUCAUCUGCAGGCAUCCUGGGAAGCAGAGCUGUGUCCCACGAUAGUAUUUUUAUUCCAGAACUGACACAGGAAAAUGCCAAACCAGUGCGUGUAUUCUCACAGGAGAAUGUGUCAGAUCGCAUUAAAGCUUUACAGUUAAAACUUCAAUCUAACUUGAAACCUGGCCUGUCCCCUUUUGGAAUCCUUGGCAAGCGAACUGAUGAUGCUGGAACCAUUUCAGAAGAUGAUGGUUUACCUCGGAGUCCUCCAGAAUUGUCACUUUAUUUGCAUGAAGUCACAAAACCAAAGUUUUCUGAUAAUCAUCAUAGUACUUUCAGUUUAGCUGGAACAGGGAGUGAAGAAGAUGAGCAGAUAUCUUCAGGCCAUUCAUCCAGACCGUUAUCUCCAGAAGACAAGUCAUCAUCAAAUAUAAGGGUACCAUCCACUGGUAGAAGAGCCAACAGUUUAAUCUCGCAGUCAGCUGACUUUGACUCGCCUCCUCAGCUUUGUAGCUUCUUGGAUAGUUCAGCUGCAAAGCACAGGCUUUCAGUAAGGCCACGAAACCAAAGAUCAUGCACAUCAAGGAGGCCUUCUGCGUCUGUCCUAGAUGAAUCUGUUAUUACUACAACUUUCACUGAAGUAGAAGAUGAAAAUGUCAUGGAGGAAGCAGUCUCGAGAUCUACAAAUGACAAUCAAGAAAUGGUCAUAGACUCAAAUGCAGUAUUCGACACUCCACAGAGCAUACAAGAAACAGAAACUUUGGCGGGUCCUGGUAGCAUACAGUCUCCUCUUAUGCAGGAAGAAGCUGUGAUCUCAUCAAAUGAACUAGAAUUAAUUAGUGUAGUAACAUCACAAUCUCAGGAUGCCACAAGUUCUCAAGAUAUAAAACUUCAAAACAAAUUAUUGGAAGAUUUGCAGGACAAAUGUGCACGCAGUUUAAGUAUUUUAGAAGGGAACUUAUGUGAUGAGGUUCAAGUUAAAACAGACUUCUCUAAAGAGGAUGGCCUUCCCCAGUCUCUUAGAUCAGAAAAGAGAAUAUUAAAAGGUCAUAGAAAGUCUUUGGAAUCUGCUCAGGAAAAGGUUAUUGAAAAGCCAUUUCUUGGGCCUGAUGUCAGCUCACCACCUUCAAACAUUUCUCAGACUGAACCAUUACCCACCGAAGACCUUCCACUUUCUGGCACAGAAAAGAGCAGGAACACUCCAGAGCAAUCUAUAGUUGAUAAUGAAAAUAUUAAACAUUUGGAAAAGGCUGCUGGGGAAAUAGAAAGUACAAAUAGAAAGUUUUCUGUAUCCUCAGCUUGGGAAAGGCCCCGGACUGGCAGCUUUACACUAAAAGGAAAUAUUGAGAAUGAGACUUUUAAAAACAUGAAGUUCACUCUGCCUAAGUCAGGUUUGUCUGUACAUGAAAGAAUGAAAGAUGAGCCAAGAUUUUCUUCAACACACACUGAAAGUGAAGCCAGUGUCAGGAAAAAUGAAAUGUUCACUGACUCAGAAAGUACUUCAGUGGACAAAGCCAUCCUUAGUCACAUUCCGUUGCCUCAGAGUUCUGUGCCAGCUUCCAGCGAUUUGCCGAUGGUAACAGACCUACAGACAUGCUCUGAGAACAAAAACCCCUUUUUUGUGAAGCUGAGAUCCACCUCCUUUUCCUUUAGAUACAGAGAGGGCAUAAACUCUGACUCUGUCAGACUGAAAAGGCACAGUGCUGAGAUUAAUCUGGAAAACACAGGAUGUUCCUCAUUUUCCAAGGAUGAGUUACUAGAAGUCAGCAAAACAGAAAGCCAUUUUCCCAGUUUGAGAAAUGAAAAACAGAAAACUAAAACAAACUCUAGUGAAUUGACACAAGCAAAACCACCACUGCCUAAAAAACCUGUUUUGCAGAAUAAUUUAGGAACUGACAAUGCCACAAAAAAGGACUCCCCCACGUGUGUCUCAGAUCUGGAGAAGAAAAACUGUAAGAUGGAAAAAACACUCCCUGAAAGAAGAACAAGUUUACACAGUUUACACAAGACUGGAAAAAGCACUCCUUCCCCCAUAGCUGCACCUGAAUCCAUCAAUCCAGUCCAGACAUCUUGGAUAUCCAUGUCCAGGCAGAAACCUAGAGCACUGAAGGAUGAACCAGUCCAAGCAGAAUUAAAAUCUGCUAACCAGGAUGCUGGCAACCAAAACAGGGAGAAAACAGAGGCUAAUUUAAAACAGUUUGUUGACCUGAUUCAGAAUAAACCAGCUAAUGCAGUAGCUGAAUUUCAAGGGCAAGACACCAAAGCCGAAUUAAAAGAGCAGAGGCAAAGAGCCAGCACACUGUCACUUCCAGCACAUGCAGAUAAAACUCCAAAAAGACAAGCUACCCUGUCUGCAGAGCCAACUUGGAUGGAACUCGCCAAGAAGAAAUCCCAGGCGUGGAGUGAAAUGCCUCAGAAAAGAAAAUGAAACCAUUUUAUGGACCUGUUAAAAGAAUUCUUUGGAGAAAAGUAAAAUGUUAUUUGUGGUACAAUGUAAAAGGAUAAAAAUAAAACCCCAAGAUAAACAAUGAGAAAUUAUUGAUCUCCUGGCCGUGGCCCUCCAGCACUUAAUUACAACUCACUGCAUUUCACUGACAAUCAGAAUUUCAGGGAUGCUAGGGAUUGUAGUGCAGUUAUAGCCAAAGUACUAGAACAAGGCUUAUAACAGAGUAUAUAUUAUAAGACCUGCCGAUGGCGAGACUCUCCAACUUGUGCUGGAUUACUUGCCAGAUGCAAAGUACUGUCUGCACCAUAGAUCAUGAAUGCAAGUGCUGCAUCCUAAAGUGCACAAUGUUGGGCCCCUGAGGGUUCAAGUACUUUAAUUUAUGGAAUUUGUAAAUUAGACCUUCUGUGCCCAAUAAUAGUAUGUAAUAGAAUGUAACACACAUCACCAUGCUGAUACCAUGAUUCACUGUGUAAAAUCACAAAUAGAUAGAAAGCUGUGCAAUGUAUGUAUAAUUAAGUGUAAAAUUCAGAUAUAAAAAGCAUUUUACACAGCUUUAGAAUUACAGCCAAUUUGUAUUCAAAUUUUUUGCUUUUGCAAAGGAAACUUUUUACCUUAAACCCAGCCCUGCUGGUGUAUUUCAUAUUUUCAGAGUACAGUGUUUAUUACUGAUAACGCUUAUUCUGAGUAGCGUUUAAACGGUGUGUUGUGAAUUCUAAGAGAUGUGUCUCUAUUUGUACAUGCAUUUCCGGAAGAGGAACUGUGGAUGUACAUAUGUUUCAUAAAUAGUGCUUAUUAAUUUGUUAAUUAAUAAUGUUUUGUUUGUUUGAGUGUUUCAUUGAUAAACAUUUUUGAUACAAACAAACAAACAAACAAAACUUGCUCUAAGACCCAGACACUUGAGUCCUUUGGUUGUAAAAUGAAAAAAAAAAUUAACCAGUGAUGAAUUGUUAGGCUUAUGGAGUAUUAAACAUUCAGUGAUUUCCCUGGUUUAACUAACUGACUCCUCGCAGCAUUUUACCCCUUUAAAUUUUAGUGCUGUCUACUGUUUUUCUAAAUGGAUUAUUCAUUGGUAAGUGGAUGCUGAUCACUGUAUGGGGGUAGGUGCAUAAUGAGAAAUGCUAUUAUUGUUUUGCAUUACUCAUGAUAGGAGGAAAGAAGGAUAUGUCAUUUUCCUGGGUUUAACUUCCUUGCUGAAACGGCUUUUACCUUAUCUACAAGAAACAAAGCUAAAUCAUCAUUUACCAGCACUGCCAUAGGGUGUAUUAUGUUACAGAACCCUGUGCGCAGCCUCAAUUCACUGCAGUUAUUACACACUGUACUAAACUUUUACUCAAAUUGAGUGCUGGCAUAGCAACUUAGUUGUUAAGGUAACUGAGUGCAGCCAUUUGUUAACUUUGCAUACUGCAACCCCUUGUAAUUAAGAGAAAUACCCAUUUGUCAGGCAGUUUUUUUUUUAAUUUGCCCAGCUGCUAGACAGUGAAAAAAACACAAGGUAGAAGGUAGGUAGGUAGGU